AUGGCCCAGUACAAUGUUAACUCCGCAGACUACGAAAUCGACCGCGAUUUUUUCGAAGAGUUUGACGCCUUCGAAGGUAAAACCAUCGGCCGAGGGAGUUCCGGCAUGGUGGUGCUAGCCACAUCAUUCGAGGAACCGUACGUCCAGCGGGCGGUAAAGAAAUUCGCCUUACACGGGAUCCACACGGACGAUGAGGAAGCUGAAGAGGACUCCACGGUAAUCCGGAACUUUUUCAAAGAGGUCAGCAUCAUGAGGCGGGUCAGUAACACCAACAUCAUGCCGCUGAUAGCAUCCGUCAAGACGCCCUUCUACCUGGCUAUCGUGAUGCCGUACUGUCCAAAAGGAGAUCUCAGUCGUCUGCUUGUUGAGUUGUCUACGAGUGAUCAGCAGAAGUAUUCAAGACAGAUAACAACAGCUGUGGAGUAUCUACACAGCAAGAACAUCAUCCACGGCGACCUGAAGCCGUUGAACGUCUUGAUAGACGAGCACGAUAAUGCCCUGGUCUCAGACUUCGGUCUGUCUCGGGCAGUGCCUAACAAGACGGUUGAGAUUUUCAUGAACUUCGGCACCAUGUCCUACAGGGCGCCGGAAACAUUCCUGGCGGAGAGGGUUAACCCUUUCAAGGCUGACUUGUACUCCCUGGGUGUCACCCUCUGGGCCAUAGCCCUGAAGAAAAAACCCAAGAAAUGGAUGGACUACGUGGAAGAGAUCACCUCCGCCUCACACUUACCUCCCUUUACUAGGACUGUCAUUGUGUCUCUCCUGAACACAGACCCAAAGAAAAGACCAAAUGCCAGUCAAAUUCUUGAAGAUUUAUGA